UCAACGCCACUCGCAGUCGUUUGUGAGCGUUCGCAGCGCUAGGUACUCAUCAAGUUUCCUGGCGCAUUCGAAGCAUAACUGUGACUGAACAGCGCAAGUUGCAGUUGCAGUUGCAGCCAAAGCAAAAGCAAAGUGCUUAAAACAAACAGACCGAAGCAGACACAAAGUGUAAUCGAAGCAAGAGAAUCAAACGAUAUAAAGAAGAAAUAAACACACAAAUAAAGAAACGUUCAAAGGGCAAACGAGAAACCGUUCGACGAAGCGCUAAAGCAAAAAGUGCUAAAAAUAAAAAAAAUGUGCGCCUCGCUGCGUCGUAAUUUGUUGCUGCGGAGCCUUUGGGCCGCCGUCGUGCUUAUUGGCACAGUGCAGGCCGCCUCGCCGCGCUGGGAGCCACAGAUAGCCGUGCUCUGUGAAGCCGGACAAAUCUACCAGCCGCAAUAUCUAUCCGAGGAGGGGCGCUGGGUAACGGACCUCAGCAAGAAGACAACGGGCGCCACAUGUUUGCGUGAUAAAAUGGAUUUGCUUGAUUAUUGCAAGAAGGCCUAUCCGAACCGAGAUAUUACGAACAUUGUGGAAUCAUCGCACUAUCAGAAGAUUGGCGGCUGGUGUCGUCAAGGCUCUUUGAAUGCGGCCAAGUGCAAGGGUGCCCACCGCUGGAUCAAGCCAUUCCGUUGCCUGGAAGGACCAUUCCAAUCGGACGCGCUGCUGGUGCCAGAGGGUUGCCUCUUUGACCACAUACACAACGCCUCACGCUGCUGGCCCUUUGUGAGAUGGAAUCAGACCGGAGCCGCCGCUUGCCAGGAGCGAGGCAUGCAGAUGCGCAGCUUUGCCAUGCUCUUGCCCUGCGGUAUUUCGCUCUUCUCGGGAGUUGAGUUCGUCUGCUGCCCCAAGCACUUCAAGACCGAUGAGAUACGUGUGAAGAAGACCGAUAUUCCUGUUAUGCCGCCAGCACAGCUGAAUAGUGCCAACGAGGAGCUGAGCGUGAAUGAGGACGAUGACAGCAACGACUCGAACUACUCGAAGGAUACCAAUGACGAUGAGCUCGACGAUGAGGAUGACCUGAUGGGCGAUGACGAAGAGGACGAAAUGGUCGCCGACGAGGCAGCCACGGUGGGCGGCAAUGGCGCUGCCAGCGAUGCCAAUAGCAGUGCCCUGGACGACAUAAAUGCCGAGUACGAAAGUGGCGAGGACAGCGACAACUACGAGGAGGAUGGCGCCGGUUCUGAUAGCGAAGUGGCCGGCAUUGCCGAUGCUUGGGACUCCAAUGGCAGCGGUGCCAAGCCACCCAUUAAACCACCCACCCUGGCCUCAUCGCCCGCAAGUCUGACCGUUGCCGAGCAAGUGGGUAACAAGCCGUCUGUGCUGAAGCAGGAACUGUCCACUGGCACACCGCAGUUGUCGGCCGCUGCUGCAGCUGUCGCUGCAGGUGUGGCCAUUGGCGCACCACCAUCGACGGCGCAGCCCACUUCAGAUCCAUAUUUCACCCACUUCGAUCCGCACUACGAGCAUCAGAGCUACAAAGUAAGUCAGAAAGAAGCCCAACAGCGCCUAGAGGAAUCGCAUCGCGAGAAGGUCACACGUGUCAUGAAGGACUGGUCCGAUCUAGAGGAGAAGUAUCAGGAUAUGCGUCUGGCCGAUCCAAAGGCAGCGCAGAGCUUUAAGCAGCGCAUGACCGCACGUUUCCAGACUUCUGUUCAGGCACUCGAGGAAGAAGGCAACGCCGAGAAGCACCAGCUGGCGGCCAUGCACCAGCAACGCGUCCUCGCCCACAUCAAUCAGCGCAAACGCGAGGCCAUGACCUGCUAUACCCAGGCUCUAACCGAGCAGCCGCCGAACGCACAUCAUGUGGAGAAGUGUCUGCAGAAGCUGUUGCGCGCUUUGCAUAAGGAUCGGGCUCAUGCCUUGGCCCACUAUCGCCAUCUGUUGAACUCGGGCGGACCGGGUGGCCUGGAGGCGGCUGCAUCGGAGCGACCACGCACCCUGGAGCGCCUAAUUGAUAUUGAUCGUGCUGUUAACCAGUCCAUGACCAUGCUCAAGCGCUAUCCCGAGUUGUCGGCCAAGAUAGCCCAGCUAAUGAACGAUUACAUUUUGGCACUGCGCAGCAAGGAUGACAUACCCGGCUCAUCCCUGGGCAUGAGCGAGGAGGCAGAGGCUGGCAUACUGGACAAGUAUCGCAUUGAGAUUGAGCGCAAGGUUGCCGAAAAAGAGCGUCUCCGUCUGGCCGAAAAGCAGCGGAAGGAGCAGCGUGCAGCCGAGCGCGAGAAGCUGCGUGAGGAAAAGCUGCGCAUGGAGGCCAAGAAGGUCGAUGACAUGCUUAAGUCGCAGGCGGCCGAGCAGCAGCAGCAGCAGCAGCAGAAGCAAUACCAGCAGCAGCAGCAGCAACAGUUGCAGGACAGGAGCAAGGAGUUGAAGGGUCCUGGCGGAUUGGUUACCGUGCCCAAUCUAAACAUCGAUACAACAAAGAGCGAGAAAGACCUAGUCGAUGCCGAGUAUGCCGAGGCUACGGUCAGCACCAAGGUGCAGACCGUACUGCCAACAGUAGAUGAUGAUGCAGUGCAGCGCGCGGUGGAGGAUGUGGCCGCCGCAGUGGCCCAUCAGGAGGCUGAGCCGCAGGUGCAGCACUUCAUGACCCACGAUUUGGGCCACCGUGAAUCGAGCUUCUCGUUGCGCCGUGAGUUUACGCACGCGCACGCGGCCAAGGAGGGACGCAACGUCUACUUCACGCUCUCCUUUGCCGGAAUCGCCCUAAUGGCUGCCGUUUUCGUAGGUGUGGCCGUUGCCAAAUGGCGAACAUCUCGCUCGCCGCAUGCUCAGGGCUUCAUUGAAGUCGAUCAGAAUGUAACCACACAUAAUCCCAUCGUACAAGAGGAGAAGAUUGUACCCAAUAUGCAAAUCAAUGGGUACGAAAAUCCAACCUACAAAUAUUUCGAAGUGAAAGAGUAAAUACCUAGAGCAAGAAGAGAAAAA